AUGGCAUUCAGUAUUCUUGGUUUUGGUUGGCCUAAAUAUCUACUAGUCGAUCCAGCAUCAGUGGGAACAAAAAGGAUAAGGUUUAUCAAAACCAAUUAUGACUGGUUUCUAGCUGUGAUACCAUUCGAAUUUGCUGCUGUUUUGCUUUAUCUUAGUCUUAGUGGCCUUGCCCCAAUAUCUUACGCCGGACAAAUUUAUCAUAUUUGUUUGGCAAUUCUUGGAAUCAUAAUUGUUGUGACAGCAUCAUCGUCUAGCUUACCAAGUAGCUUAUCUACGUCAACUUCAAUUGCUACUUCAUCAAACACACCGUCUACAACAACAUUGCCAUCGUCAUCUUCAUCAACAGCAGCAUCAACGACGACUACUACUGCUGUUUACUGUGCUAGUACUUGUACUGGUAGUUUUAAUUCUUCCGCUAAUACUACGACUUGUUCUCUUUAUUGUGAUGAUGGUGGUAGUUAUUACUGUCGUAGUACCUCUACCUAUUGUGCUGGUCAGUAUUAUGAUCCUGCUGGUUUUGGUUUUUGUAAUCCUGCUAGUAGUCGUUUUACUGGUUCUUGUAAUACUACUGAUUAUUGUUGUGUUUAUGAUAAUUACUAUCCUGAUUAUUAUUGUCUUAGUAAGAUCAGUUGUGGCUUUAGUGACUAA